UUCACGGUGACAUUUCCCAACAGUCCGGACACAUUAUUCCCAAUUGCUAUCAAUAGUAGUCAGAUACCGCGCUGUGCCUCCAUGGUUCAGUUGCGGCCUCCCUCUAGAAACUAACAAUGUCCUUCGCCGGCAUGGAAAACGACUUUCAGCUCUUCUCUCCCGUUCAAUCCGCCGAUAGAAAAAACUCGCACACGGACGCUAUUCCGCCCUCAACCGAUGAUUCGCAGGACUGGACGCAAUGGAUGAGAUGGGACGACCAGAUUUUUUCGGAUCCUAAGGAAAACGCUCCUUUCAACACUUCGUUAACAUCGCCAAACACUUCGCUCGGUGCCAACUUCUCCCAGCAUGAGUUCUCCCCCGACAUCGCACACGGCGUGCCAAGUCUUCCAUUUGACGCCUCGGGCCGAAAUCGGAGUGGCAUACUCCCAAGUGACGGCAUCCAACAGCAAUCCCAACCUUCUAUUUCCGGUUCCCCCGAAUCCUUAGGCAUGACUCGGAAGCGAAAGACGAGCAGUGACGAUGAUGGAUCGACGGUCAGCGGAGUCCCUCAGAAUGGUGGAAAGAAGAUGCCGACUAAGAAGCGGGCCCACAAUGUCAUCGAGAAGAGAUACCGUGCGAACCUGAACGACAAGAUUGCCGAAUUGCGAGACAGCGUGCCAAGUCUACGAGCUACCUCCAAGGGUACCAAUGGAACGCUGCUUGACGACGAAGAUGCGGAUGGCGUCACACCGGCCAGCAAGUUGAACAAGGCGUCCGUCUUGUCGAAAGCAACAGACUACAUCAAGCAUCUGGAAAUUCGCAACAGACGACUCGAGGACGAAAACACCGCGUUGAAGAACCGACUACGCCAGGUGGAUAAAGCUGCCGAACAAACCGUCACAUCCGCCGCUUCGGUUUCGUCCCCAAGUAACUACACAGAGUCAGGGGCGAGCUCCUCCCCGAGUGUGUUCUCGCAUACUGAGGAUGCACCUAGCGAUCAUUCCCCGACUUCCUUGUAUCCACCAGAGGGUUUGCUCCAGGUGCCUGACUCUUUCAAGAAGAUGCAGGCUCCGUCAAAAGACAACGCCUGGUCGCAAUCAUACAUCCAAUAUCCUUCCGGUGGGAAUGGAACGACGCAAGCAAGUGGCAGCGGCCGUAAGCGGUCGAACUUCCCAAACAAGUAUAUGCUGGGUGCCCUUGCUGGAUUGAUGGUUCUUGAAGGCAUGGGCACUGAAGAGGAUACCGAAUCUAACGAAAAGGGACUGCUGGCGGUUCCCGUCCACCUUCUAAGAUAUUUACCUCAGAUUAACUCGCCGUCGCUAGCAUACUGGAAUGCCGUGGUUCGGAGCUACUGGGCUUCAUGGCAUGCUAGGGCCAUCAUCCACUUUGGCAUCCUGGCCUCUCUCGUCGUUGGAAGCGCAUUCGUGGUUUUUGUUUACCUCUUCAACGCGGAACCCAAGCACUCCGACACUUCGUCGAAAGUACCAGCCUCAUCCGGAUCGUCCUUGUCCCCGUACAACUUCAGACGACAAGCCUGGUUAACGAGUAUCCAGCAAGUUGGUGUCCCGCGCCAUAGAUUCUUCCGAGAGUGGUACGUCGUAACAUCUCGAUGCACCGAAUACGUUUUGAGGUGUCUUAUGGGAUGGAAGCUCUACUCCUGGAUCACGGGAGUUACCGAGGAAGACGAGAAGGGCCGUGUGAAGACAUGGGAUAUUGCAAUCGAUGCUCAGCUAGCAGGUGGUGAUGCCGAGAUCAGCAAGAGUCGACUUGUUUUGACCAUCUUUGCUGCUGGCACUCUGCCUCGUAGCCCGAUGAGAAUGAUGUUGAAAGCGCUUCACUGUCGCAUCCUGCUCUGGAGGGUCGGAGACCCUGGCUCUUGGACCUUCCACAUUUCGAACGAUGUGGCUCGUGCACUUGCACGUUACCAGUGGGACCUGGCUCGACAGAUGCAUCGCUCGCUGCCAGAGGAUCACCCGGAUGCCCUUCCGAGUCAUCUGGCUGCGCUCCUUUCUAUUGACAGCGAAGACGUCAUGAUCGACAGCAUCGUCCAGCGGGCUGCGAAUCUCACGUGGAACCGUCCAACACAGGAGGCAAGUGACGAUCACGAAGCGCUUCUGGAUAUCGUCGAAGAGGAUCCUGCCAUCCAGUCAUCCCUGGACGCCCUUGCUGCUUGGUGGUCUUGUCACCUUUUGCAGCGCGCCCUUUUGAAGUAUUUCGAAGCUAGCUCUGGCGGCCCCGACUCGAAGCAGAGCCGCGACCUUUUCAAAUCCAAGAUCAGUCUUGCUCUCAAUGUUGCUCCUCAACCUUCGGCCGCUCACACGCGUGCCCUUGUUAUGAAGGCCAUCUUCUUUGAACAAGAUCGUGUCAAGAACAUUGGCGCUGUUCUUGCUGCGUUGCCCAGCGACAACGGAAAGAACAAGAAGAGUCACGGUUUCAAUUUCUUGGACUCGUCACUUCCUGUCUCCGUUCGCGAGGAAAUCUGCAUCGCAGUCCGUUGUGCCAUGAUUGCCGCCAUCGUUUCCGCGAGAACGACCGGUGACACAUCUCUCCCUGCUUCUUUCACGAUGCAGAAAGCGAUUAACUGGUUCAACCAGUUGCCUCUCGAUCCGGUUGAGCUGACUUUGUUGGGAUUUGCUUCCGUGUACCAUUUGCUCCAUGUGCUCGUGUCCGACACAGAUUAUCUUUCAUCCUCAGAUUCCUCGACAACGUCGUCCCCUGUACCAAACGCAUCUGCUGCCUCAUCUGCCGACGAUGAAGCGGACGAGGAGGUGCCACAGCCAGGACGCGAUCGCGAACGUGUCGCCCCUUCCACAUCCUUCCCGAACCUCGGCCGUGUCGCUGCGGAGUUGAUGUACUGGGCCCGCAACGCCUACAACCCCUCUUUCUACGGCUUCACGUCCGAUCUCGUAGAUGUCGUUGAGAAGGAAUGCACAUCAUUGUGCCAAAGUGCCGGUGUCGACGUCGCGGAUUACUCUCGACUCCGUGGGCACAAGCUCAAGACCAAGCGCGGAAGUGAGAAACAGGAUGCACCUGCUGCUGUUCCGACCCAAGUUGAAGGAUCUAAAGCUCCGUCCAGUGACGGUGCCAAGGGCCACAGUCAUAAAGGACUUGGAAACGCUUGCUCCGAAGGAGUGUUUCCUCGCUGAAAAGGUAGAGGUUUGUCUACAUACAAGGCGCUGGUGGAUUGUGAUGGGUUUCUGGGAUCUCUCCUCUCGAUUAUGGUAUAAACCAAUAAUGGAGGAUAUUUUCUACAUAAUUUCGGGUGCGUUCGGUGCAAGAU